GACAAGAUAAUGACAGUGACAUUUCUGACUUCUGUUUAAUUUUACAGUAUUGUGCCGUGAUAAAUUACCACUAAAGCCAUUUAUUGUUUUCCCUGUAAGCAUGGCCUUGGAUUAAUCUACAAUUUCACAUUAGUAUGUGUAUCAUGAUUGCCGUAGCGUGAAUGUAAUCCGCCAAUAUGCUAAGCCGAUUCUCUGAUGUUCUCCAGACCGCUGCGGACGUUCUGGCGCCUCCAGCUACAAGGCUGGAGGACUUUGAGUACCAUUGGAAGAUGAUACUGAACUUCUAUCAGAACUAUGAGGACAGUAACAAGGUGCACAUUGAAGAAACAAGGAUACCGCACCACUUUCACCAAAUGUUGCAACUUCUAGUAGAUGAGGAGAAGGAGCAACAAGGCGGUACAGUGGGACCAUGUCUAGAAGCAGUGGUGCAGCGUUCUAUAUGCAUGCUGGAUGCGAUGACGGCGAUCGCGGCUGCGGACCGGCCGCCCGGCGCCAGGGCGCUGGCCCUCACCACCGCCACCGCCAUGCUGCGACGGACCAGGCAGCCGUGCGUCAAUAAUGCGCACGUCUAUAAACCACUGCAGCGCAUGCUAAUCCAAUGCAACGAAAGUCCAGCGUCACCAACAGAGAAAGAAGAAGUGGAAUUAUUGCUAACAUUAUGCGGGCUCGUACGCAAGGAGCCAGGCCUUGCCAACAUUUUCACCACACCAUUCGUAGAAGACAAAGCCACAUUACUGAGCAUACCUGAAGAUAUACAAAAACUCAUCCCGAUAAAAGCUAAAGUGCAAACUCCGAAAAAGAAUCCGUUGUUCGAAGUCGAGUUGCCGACUAAUCCGUUGACUAGUGUGUCGAUAGUUCGGUCGAAUGGUGACAGUAAUGCGACAGUGGGCAGUUCUGAUGAUAAUGCAUCCUGUAGGAGCCAGAAGACGGUGUACGACGACAAUGAUAAGUUUCUGCUGAUCGAUUUGUUGCUGUCGUAUUUGAAUAGUGCUGACAACCAAGUAGUACUCCGCGCGUGCGAGGGUAUAAUGAUAGUGUCUUCAUUACCCGAGGAAGAUAUAGCCAACCUGGUCACCAACUGCAGUCCAGCAUGCGAGAUCAUAGUCGAGAAGUUAGCUGCCAAGUUCAAAUGCGUGCCAGCGAACGUGGACCCCAAUGAUGUGGAACACCUCAACAUUACCUGGGCAUAUGUGGCACAAGACUACGGCGACAAAUUCUACAACAAAUUCCACGGGUACAGAGAACUGACUAGCUUCUUCUCCUGGCUGGACUACUGUGAUACUUUAUUGAAGGAAUGCCACCCAGCGAUAGCGGCGCAUUUAUCCCGCACGUUCCGUCAGAACUUUCUGGAAGCCACCGCGGAGACUGGAGUGACGGACUUGCACCACGCCGUGGUGGUCACCUCUAUACUCAGCAAGUGCUUGAAGAUGGUCGACUCACCAGAUCUUAUCAAUGAGUUCUCUAACUGGUUGGUGGGUGAGGGUGAGGUCUCCGAGUGGCCUCUGCUGCUUACCCUCAUCAACAACUGCCUCACGGACAACCACGACCUCACGCUCGAAACGCUGAGGUUCUUUGAGAAUAUAUUAGAGAAAGGCACGGAGCACAGCAUCAACCGGCUAGUGUUGUCGCGCGUCUCUUCUCGCGGGUAUUUCGCCCCGCAAGCGCCCGAAAAUGAUGUGAGCGAGCGGGACAGACUCAAUGACCUGCCGCUGUGGCGAGAAAGGGAGAGAAAUAGGGAAGCGAUGAUGCAGCUCAAACACGAGGACCAAGUGAACGGUCAGAUCCACGAGAUCCUCAACCAGGAAGGCGUGGACGACACCGCCGACGCCGCCAGCGCCAUACACCGCGUCAUCAACAGCUUCCUGUUGUUGCUGCCGCGCGCGAUCCUCUCAGAUCCUGUGGGAGCCGACUACGAACAUUACAUACACGACGCUACCAGGCACUACCAGUUUUGGCUCGACCUAACGUCGACUUAUAACUGGCCGACGAAAGCGAAUUGGAUCGACAACACUGCGAGCUCCACUCACAGCUACGAUAGCCGACCCGAAGCUGAUAUUCACUUGGACGACGUUUUCGACACCCAUCCCAACACUAGCGAUAUCGAUAAAUACGAUAAAUCGAGAUUCACGCAAAAAUUGGUCUAUCGAAGUGGAGACUUCACCCCACAAGCAACAGAAGACGAAUUCGAUGUUGGACCGUUUUUGAGAAUGCUCUUCAGAUUGUUAGCUGCGAUGCCUUCACAGCCUUACCAAGUGAAUUUGCAUUUGACGUCUAUUAUUUCAAAGUUGGCAUUACUGCCGCAUCCGAAUUUACAUGAGUUUCUAUUGAACCCAAUGCUGCCAACCGCGAAGAAAACGCAAACGUUGUACAAAACAUUGCAGGAGUUAGCGAGGAAGUUGACCAUGGAGAUACCGCGUUUGAGGAAUUAUAAGAGGUUGAUAGAGGGAACGCGAUUGCAGCUUAUGUGCGAGGAUCCAAGUUAUGAUGAAAUCGGCGAACACAACCAACUAGUAGAGAGUCUCAUCGUGUUAGAAGAGUUCUGCAAGGAGCUGGCAGCGAUCGCCUUCGUGAAAUGGCAACACGCGUUCAACGUGAUGCGAGCGUACGGGUGCAACUAUUGAAUCCGCAGCGAUACAGGGUGAUGGAAAAGUGGGUCCAUUGUUAACGACACAUAAAGGGUGUUUUGUAACUUACGGGUUUAGGUGAAAAAUUUGCAAACCAGUGUUGUGGUAUAGGAUUAUGAAAUUUACAUAAAAAGCUGCAUAAAUAUCUGCUUUCAUUCAUAGCUUUUGAUACUUAAGCAGUUCUAUUACGAAAAGUUUGAAGAUAGGCUAUUUUCACCCGUACCGGUAAGCGACAAAAUAUUCUAAUGUAAAAUAUUUGGUCCUUCUUUUUGCAACAUACUGUAUACAACUUGGAUGUAGAGUUCAUACGAAAAUCGUACAAUUAUAAAAAUGAAUAGUAAGCGAGGACCAUAUAGCGUUCUCUUUCACACAUAUAGGCGAUGUUGUGAUCGCUUACAGGUCAUUAAGGCAUAAACAAGUUAUUGAAGUCAUUUUGUAUUACUAUUUAUUCAAAAACGCAAUACAGUUUGCAACUCGAUCAAGUUGUUAGUCGACUACUUGGCUAAUAAAAACUUAAGAUUCAUGAAAAGUAACUCCACAUAUUUAUAUACCGUAAUUAAAACUGCUUAAAUUUAUGCUUACGUACCUAUAUAAUGUUGAUUUAUAAAUCGAUGCUGUAAGCACAGUAUUAGGUGCAUAUCGGCGGUUGAAAAGUUACAUUACUUAAACGACAUUUUUUUGUGACGUUGAGUUUCAUACAUAUUUACAAUCAUAAAUUUUUUUGUUUUUUUUUUACCCAGUUAAAAAAAAUCGAAAAAAAAAUGGCGCUUAAGUCAAUUAGCUUUUCAACCUUCGAUAUAUAAAUGCAAUAUAGUAAUGUAACUUGUAGAAUAUCGUAGCGAAUCCCAUUAGCUUAGUUAGUGAUGUAGUGCUGCUGUGCUGCAGAUAUCGAUAUAUUAGCUUAAAAUCGAUAUUAAUUUCUCAAUUUUUGUUUCUUAUAAAUCGAUAUAUUGUGUGUUAUUUAUUAGAUCAUGUAAUGCGCACUCUUUGGUAUUUAUGUAAAUAGCAUUGCAAUUCAUGGUUAUGAGUAUUUCGAAUGUAGCAAACAUACAUCGAUGUAAAAUUAUUGAUAAGCAAUCGCUUUGUGUGUAAUAUAAAAAUACCUGUGAACGUCGGUCCCGAAUUUUAUUGUAUUGUAUCUAUGGAAGAUAAGAAAUGUGUUUAUAAUAAAAAUGUGGGGUUGGUAAGGAUUUGAUGGAGUCGAGUGAUUUUGUGAUGGAAGUGGGCACUAUGAUAUAAGACAUUGUCGUUAUAUAUUUUUGUCAACUUAGUUGAUCAAACGAUUGGGUGCUAAGUCAGUUGCACUGCCUGUAGUGUUCGGUACAAAGAUGUUUUUCAUUUAUUAACUACACGUCCUAGUUUAGUAUUUUAUUUGCCGACGAAGACAAUGUUGAUUUUCAAACUCGAAUAAAAAUCGAUUUUGGUAAAUAAUCGGUUUAACAAGUAUUGUAUGUUUUCAUCGAAUGAUUUUAUCGAUUCUUACUGAUUUUGAGCAUAAAUCACAGCUGAAACAUGUAAAUGACGAUUGGAGCUUUUAGUACUUAUUAUUUUCGUCCAUAAUUAUCUUUUUAAUAUAAAAGACAUACAUAAUGCUUAUGAACACUAAAUUUUGAAAUAUUUUCUCAAGAAACCUGAUUGCAAAAAUAUUAUUUUUUUAACUAUGUUCAUUAAAUUUAAUAUCUUUAUUUGUCGUAUGGUACAUUUUUAUUGUGUAAAAUCUCCGUGUAUUUUAAAUUAAUAUAAUCAUAGAGCUAAUGCUUUAGAUAUAAUGCAUUUUCUACCGAAUACUGGUAAUAUUUAGUAGAGCUGUUGUACAGAGACAAAAGUCCUUAGCAGCAAAUAGAGGCAAUAUAUUCUAGUCGAAACUGGUAAUUUUAGUUCUGUUGCUUUCAUAUACGUCCAUAUGAUUCGAUUGUUUUAUUCAAAGCACCUUUUACAAGUAAAAAUACAGACUUGUUUGAUUUUGCUAGAUAUAUUUUGGGUUUGUUUUACCUCUAAUUUAGGUAUUUUUAAAUGUCCCAGUGGUUUAAUAUUCGAUUGUCCUAUUUUUUUAUAAUCUAUUAAUGUAAUAAGGAUAAUAUGAAAGCAUCAGAUUAUCGAAUUUACAUAAUUUAUUUGUUGUUAAUACAAAGAAAUUAAUGAAUUUCUAACAUUCCGAUAGAAGUUUUAUACGAAUAAUGAUUGAUAUGUGGGUGUUGCUAUUUUAUUUCUGCACAAAUCAUGCAUGUUAUAAAUCACUUUAUAAUUUUAUCGCAUAUAAUUUGUGUUGUUGGAAUAUAAAUGUUUGUAAAA